AUGUAUUCUUCCCCGGACGAAAACUCAUCCAAACGGAGAAAAGUCCGAAAGGGUACGCACAGUUGUUGGGAGUGUCGACGGAGAAAGGUCAAAUGCACCUUCGAGUCACCGCAGGAUGCCAUCUGCAUUACUUGUCAUCGUCGGGGCGCGAAAUGUGCUAGCCAAAGGGAUAUUGAUGACACGAACAUAUCAAGCCGCCCAGCUGAAGGCAAGGAGCCACCAGAUGGCACUGGCAAUACGCCUAUCAAGAGCCCAGGUGCGUCUAGGCCAGUGAUUCGGGAUGCGAGUGGCAUCUGUACACCCUCUAUUUCCCUUUCGGGGUCAUCAACGCCGGCUUUUUCUCAACAUGUAGGCUCCGUGCAUUCCAUCGGCAAUGACAGACAGGGAGAGUUGCCAAAACAACUCCGCAAAGUGUUCGAAUUACAGUCAACUACAAGUACCAACACACAUGAAAGCAUAACUCGGGAGCUACUCCGCGCUUUGCCCUCGGAAAACGACAUCAAGAUCCUCACGGGGAAGAUCACCAAGGCCCCUUUACUCUGCCAUCAAUCCUUCUAUAAGGAAGGCUCACAAGAGGUUCUGGACGAGCAAUGCCCGCUACCCAAUCUCCUCUACCCGGAAGAGCACCCUGUCUUGCUUGCAAGCCAAAUGCUGCUUUUCUCCCUCGCAAUACAAAGUUGGUCGCCGAAUGAUGUGCCAUCCGGCCUUAGCAAGCAUCCGCAUGUAAUCAUGGAAGAACUUGCGGAGUCAGCAAUUAAGUUGGUAACCACUAAUGACGCACUCCUAGGCACAUUGGAGAGUCUUGAGAACAUCAUGUUUGAAGGAAUGUAUCAUGUCGACCGAGGCAACAUAAGGAGAUCCUGGGUAACACUGCGCCGUGCUGUGACAGUUGCGCAGCUGUUGGGCAUCCAUCUUCAAGGUCAUCAUCGAUUCAAGCUGCUCAAAGCCGAGAGCAACCUUGAUCCCCAGGCAAUAUGGGACUGUACGGUGUGGAUGGAGCGUCUUCUGUCCCUUUUGCUCGGUCUACCUUCAUGUACCCUUGGUAUGGAAUCCGCUUACCAGGAUACAACAAACACUUCAGCAAAAAGCCUUGAAUUUCCUCCAACCUUGACGGACCUGAUAGCAAAAGUUCUUGAAAGGAAUCAAGUCAAUACCUUGGAGAAAUCUGUUGAACUCACCAGAGGAAUAAACAAAGAGCUGAUUAGGAUAGCCGAGUUCAUGCCGCUUAGAUUCUGGCGACCGCCAGCCUACGACGGCUUGAUGGUCAAUUCCCAAGAGGCCUUCGCUGAAACCAAACGAAUCCUAGAGCAUAUGCGAUAUUACACCCUGUUGAAUCAGCUUCAUCUACCACAUAUGCUGUGUCCGAAUACUUCCUUCGAGAGUACUUGUUCCAAAAUCGCCUGCGUCAACGCUAGUCGCGAGAUUCUGAUUCGGCAAAUUGCCAUUCGCAACUUCAAUCCCAUCAGCGCUUGUUUGAGGAUGGGUGACUUCAUGGCGCUGAUCGCAGGCUUGACAUUGGUACUGGCACACAUCUUCAGCCAUUGUCACGAGGAAUUGGCCAAUGUCUUAAUUCAUCAACGGCAAAGCGACCGAGCCAUCGUGGAACAAGCACUCGAGUGUAUGGAAUCAAUGUCUGAGCUUCGCAACGAUGUGCUCUCUGCGAAAUGCAGUACUUUACUCAAAGACCUGCUGGCAGUUGAAGCAGACGCGGCACAGGGAGGCAGCUAUCAUGCACAAACUCUACAAGCAGGUAGUGGUGAUGGCGUGAAUCAGAGCGACUGCCAAGUGCUCGUAAUAUGCGUCCCUUAUAUUGGCUCUAUCAAAAUUGCGCGUAGAGGGAAUAUAUCCGUCGCCCCCUUCCAGAAAGUAUCGCGGGACAAUAUCGCCCGCGAACCCGUCACACUUGGCGGUAUUGGAUCUGUCCAUCUCAGCAACUCGGCACUCCCUAGCCAGAACGACAUUGAUAGCAGCCUGAAUCAGGCGUCUCGGUUGCCAGUAUCCAAUUCUGCAGACUUGCCCGCACAGCCAUCUACUACAUUUGACACGGAGGUUAUUGCAGGACAGAUACCUACACAAGAGGAACAGAUGUUCCCGGAUGCGGCCGCACCUCUAGAUGAUUGGGUGUUUCAAGGUUUCGAUACUGCUUUCUUUGAUGUUCUUAUGCGAGGAAUACCGGACCCGAACCAGCCCACUUUAUGA